GAUUCAGUCUCAGCAUCUGAAAAAAAAAAGAAUAGCUAGUUGCAUUUUGAGUUCAGUUAAAUUGACGUUGAAACAAAGAACUGAUAAAGAAAGUGUCUACUGUGAUCAUGAUGACCUUGUUGCCCUCAGAACAUCUAACAGCCACUUGAGGCACUGUGAGGAGCACUUUGUAAUGUUUGCUUCUGCUGGAAUACAUGUGUCCCGAGGUGGAUUAUUUCAUCAUGCGGAAGCAAGACGCAUUGGGCUGCAUAAUUUUAGUUCUUCUAUGGGUACAUCUAGUCAGAAACCAUUCAGAAAAGGUGUUGGGUUUACCACAGUGUCAGGACUAGUGAUGAUAUCUGGAGUGAUUAUAACUGUGCUAGGUUUUAUGGAUGUAUUUGAUUCUGGUUAUACAAUGAUGGGGAUGUUGAUGAUAGCCGUUGCAGUACUUUUAUUCCUUGGAGCUCUUCGCAUGUUUCUAGUUGCUUCCAAACUUAGAAAAGCAGAAAGAACCUUACAGAUAUCAAGAGGUACUGUGGCAUCCAUGGUGAUUGAAAGAGAAGAUGAAAGAGGGACACUGACUGUUGUCAUGGAUACUGUCAAUAUAGAGGCUAGAUGUCGUAGAAGGCAGAAUCUUGAUUUUCUUCACAGUACCUCGAGACGGCGUUUAACGUCGCAUGUGCCGGCGACACCGACGACAACAUUACUGCCUGCACCACAGGAGAUAACCACACAUAAAGACAAUAGUACCAUUUCAGCAACGUAUAGGAACAAUAGCGCUAGCUGUCAGUGCCAAUCUGAAGUUAAACUGAUGAAGGACCAGUUGUCUUCAAUGCAAGCUGAUAUUCUUAUGCUUAAACAGUCUUUGCACGUCAGUGAAAAACUUUGGUCUGAUCAAGUUAAAGUUGUUUCAGACAACGUUAAAUUGAUUAAAUCAGAUAUUUUAGGUAUAAAAAAUACAGAUACUGACAGUGUGAGUUGGAUGAAGUCGUCACUGCACGAAAUUGUUACGUGUAAUGGUGCCUUAUCAUUUAACUUAAAAUGUAUUCUGAAACGUGUGAUAGACUUGGAACGUUUCUUGGACGGUGAAAACAUACAUGUAGUACAAAUAGCGAUGGAACAAAAUGCAGUGCAAGAAUCAAGUUCAGUGCAGAGUCCUGUGCAAAUACCCUUUGCAGAACAUGCCGCAGCAUUGACAUCAAGUCCGGCACAUCCCAUUAUGACCUUCACUGCAAACGUUACUGACGAGAAACCUUCGGUAAUGUUCGCGUGCCAUUCAAACAGGUUGCGAGUACUUCAGAAGCAACGAUCGACGAUCUAGAAAAUUUUCUAUGUGGAGCCGCCAAUAGUGCCAGUAUUACGAAUGCGGGUCAAAGUUCAGACAUCAACCGAAAGAUAAGCACUGACGUCGUCCUGACGUGUGAGAAAUCAGUGCGCACGGAUGAAUAUGCCUCGGAUGGUAAUACCGACCACGUAGCAGACGUGAAACGUGACGUGUCAGUUCAAGUUACUGACGAGCAAUCGAUUGAAUCCUUUUGUGACGAAUAUGUUUGUGCAGACGAUAAUAAUAGAGAUUUUAAGCUUUAAUCAGCCAGACGGAGAACUAAACACUUUUUUAUUGGUGGUUUCCGUGAGACUGUGAACUUAGACCAUCUAAAACAUUAUAUUAAUAGAAAGGGACCGAAAGUGACCGUCAUUCGAAAAUAUCCAUGUAGAAACUGGGAAGGUCACUGUAUUCUGUGACUCCAUGUUUACGACAAUGAGAACGCUGAUUCUGUGCUAUCACGAGAGUUCUGGCCACAUGACGGCAUUGUUGUUAAACCCUGGAUGUCACGUGAUGCUCGAGCAAGACAUAACGC